AUGUAUCGCGCCUCGUGGGUAUGGCUAUGGCUCCACCACGGCUCCGACAUUUCGGGCCGUCCCCACCUCCGGAACUGCCUUGACGCCUGCAGCUGCCGCCGGGAGUUUUUUGGACGCGAAAUAUUUGAAGAUUCCGUCACCCACCCAUUCCCCCCGGUCCGCGUCCCGCACAACGACACCACGAAAGAUGAACGAUGGGGCAAUGAAGCACCAAUGAUACGGAAUACGUGCGGCAUUGCCAGGACCGGAUCCUGCCGCGCGAAGCAAUGGCAGCGUUAUGCGAGCUCGUCUCGCUCGGCUAGCCGACAGCCGCCGCCGAAGCCCCGGCAACCUGCAAAGCAGCAGCAGCAGCAAAAUGCGCCUCGCGUCGUUCGACCUUAUAAGCCCACAGCGCGCACCUCUGCGUCAUCUACGCCGCCGCCGCCGCCACACCCACCACCCGAUACUCUUCUCACCCUCUGGCGCCGCUCCUGGCUGCCCCUCACGGGCGCUGCGAUCCUAGCAGGCUUUCUCGGCUUCUACAUAUUUGGCACCGCUGUCGCGUCCUGGAAUUCAUGCCCGUGUGGAGGGCACCACGAUGGCGGGCCGUGUCAUGACGAGUCCGCCACGCCGACUGGUCGGCCCCCGGCCCUGACUGGGGAAAAUGCAGAACAGUUUGACAAGGAGCUCAACAUGGGUGAAUGGUGGAUGGGCAUCACGAAGUUGCGGAAGAAGCUCGCACAACAUGCCAAGGGCCACGUCCUUGAGCUAGCGAUGGGUACCGGUCGGAACCUCGAGUACUACGACUGGGAGCCGCUGACUGCGAUUGCGAAGGGGGCGGCACAGCCCUCGCCUCGCGCAGAUGGGAUGCCUCGCGGGAUCACCUCAUUUACCGGCCUCGAUAUUUCCGUCGAUAUGCUCGACGUUGCGCGUAAGCGUUUCGUCAAGGCCGUCCCUCCGGUGUCGUCGUUUGCCCCCGUCGUUACAGCCUCCAACAUGGCCGACCACGUUGGCGGCCAACUGUCAUUCCUCAACGACCGGCUUCGCCUCAUCAACUCCGAUGCGCACCACCCUCUACCGCCCCCUGCCGUCGCCACGCGGGAACGAAAAUACGACACAAUAAUACAAACCUUUGGACUUUGCUCCGUCUCCGACCCUGUUGCCGUCCUAGUUAACUUGGCCAAGGCUGUCAAGCCCGGCUCCGGCCGGAUCAUUCUCCUCGAGCACGGCAAGGGCUGGUACGGCCUUGUCAAUGGUCUUUUGGACAAGAAUGCUGGAAACCAUUUCCAAAAGUACGGCUGCUGGUGGAACCGGGACAUCGAAGCGCUCGUGGAUGAGGCGGUACGCCAAACGCCCGGUCUGGAGAUAGUGAAGUUGGACCGUCCCAAUGUGUUGCAAAUGGGAACGCUGGUCUGGGUCGAAUUGCGGGUGAAUAGCAGCAGCUAAGCGACAAGGCGACAAGGUGCGAGCGGAACUUGCAAUGAGUGGCAUGUCAUCCAUUGAAGAGUAGUGUUAUGUACAGACAGCGCUCCCGGCACGUCCAGUCUCCAACUUUUCGUACAUCCAGGCUGUCGCAAACAAGACAAGCCGGCUAUAUAUACAUG